GUCCCUGCAGAAGUGGGGACACAGGGACGCGCGCACCGAGGCUCCCUGCGCUCACUGCCCGCUGCACCCUGUCCGUGGCUCCCGCGGCCGCUGCCAUGCCCUCCUACACGGUCACCGUGGCCACCGGCAGCCAGUGGUUCGCUGGCACGGACGACUACAUCUACCUCAGCCUGGUGGGCUCCGCGGGCUGCAGCGAGAAGCACCUGCUGGACAAGGCCUUCUACAAUGACUUCGAGCGCGGCGCGGUUGAUUCUUAUGAUGUGACGGUGGACGAAGAGCUGGGCGAGAUCCUUCUGGUCAAAAUCGAGAAACGCAAGUACUGGCUCCAUGAUGACUGGUACCUGAAGUACAUCACGCUGAAGACACCCUACGGGGACUACAUUGAGUUCCCCUGCUACCGCUGGAUCACAGGCGAGGGCGAGAUCGUCCUGCGAGAUGGCCGAGCAAAAUUGGCCCGAGAUGACCAAAUUCAUAUUCUCAAGCAGCACAGACGUAAAGAACUGGAAACACGGCAAAAACAGUAUCGGUGGAUGGAGUGGAACCCAGGCUUUCCCUUAAGUAUCGAUGCCAAAUUCCACAAGGAUUUACCUCGCGACAUCCAGUUUGACAGUGAGAAAGGAGUGGACUUUGUUCUGAACUACUCCAAAGCGAUGGAGAAUCUGUUCAUCAACUGCUUCAUGCACAUGUUUCAGUCCUCCUGGAACGACUUCGCUGACUUUGAGAAAAUCUUCGUCAAGAUCAGCAACACUAUUUCCGAGCGGGUCAUGAACCACUGGCAGGAGGACCUCAUGUUCGGCUACCAGUUCCUGAACGGGUGCAACCCCGUGCUGAUCCAGCGGUGCAGGAAGCUGCCUGAGAAGCUUCCGGUGACCACGGAGAUGGUGGAGUGCAGCCUGGAGCGACAGCUCACCCUUCAGGAGGAGGUCGAGCAAGGGAACAUUUUCAUCGUGGACUUUGAGCUGCUGGAUGGCAUUGACGCCAACAAAACAGACCCGUGCACGCCGCAGUUCCUGGCUGCGCCCAUCUGCUUGCUAUACAAGAAUCUGGCCAACAAGAUAGUCCCCAUCGCCAUCCAGCUCAACCAAGUCCCAGGAGAUAAGAAUCCCAUUUUUCUCCCUUCGGAUGCAAAAUAUGACUGGCUUCUGGCCAAAAUCUGGGUGCGCUCCAGUGACUUCCACAUCCACCAGACCAUCACCCACCUUCUGCGCACACAUCUGGUGUCUGAGGUUUUUGGCAUCGCCAUGUACCGCCAGCUGCCCACUGUGCACCCCAUCUUCAAGCUCCUGGUGCCCCAUGUGCGAUUCACCAUCGCCAUCAACACCAAAGCCCGUGAGCAGCUCAUCUGUGAGUACGGCCUCUUUGACAAGGCCAACGCCACAGGGGGUGGCGGGCACGUCCAGAUGGUACAGCGGGCCAUGCAGGAGCUGACCUACGCCUCCUUGUGCUUCCCUGAGGCCAUCAGGGCCAGGGGCAUGGACAGCACAGAGGACAUUCCCUACUACUUCUACCGCGAUGACGGGCUGCUGGUGUGGGAAGCCAUCAAGAAGUUCACGGCCGAGGUGAUAGGUAUCUACUAUGAGAGUGACCAAGUGGUGGAGGAGGACCAGGAGCUGCAGGACUUCCUGAAGGACGUUUAUGUGUAUGGCAUGCGGGACCAGAAGACCUCAGGCUUCCCCAAGUCCAUCAAGACCAGGGAGAAGCUGUCGGAGUACCUGACCGUGGUGAUCUUCACCGCCUCAGCCCAGCACGCAGCAGUGAACUUCGGCCAGUACGACUGGUGCUCCUGGAUCCCCAACGCGCCCCCAACCAUGCGGGCCCCGCCGCCGAUGGCCAAGGGCGUGGUCACCAUCGAGCAGAUUGUGCAGACGCUGCCGGACCGCGGCCGCUCCUGCUGGCAUCUGGGUGCAGUGUGGGCAUUGAGCCAGUUCCAGGAGAAUGAGCUGUUCCUGGGCAUGUAUCCAGAGGAACAUUUCAUUGAGAAGCCCGUGAAGGAGGCCAUGGCCCGAUUCCGCAAGAACCUUGACACCAUCGUCAGUGUGAUCGCAGAGCGCAACAAGAAGAAGAAGCUGCCCUAUUACUACUUGUCUCCAGACCGGAUCCCCAACAGCGUGGCCAUCUAAGUGGCCUCACUUUGGGAAGUCCUGCUCCUGGAGGCUGGCCAUGGUACCCAGACUCAGGGCAGGCCUCCCGUGUAGCUCACCCCUCAGGCCCACUGGAUUCCUGGGAAUUGCGCUAGGCCAAUUCGCCUUAAACCAAAGGCUGCCCCAGGGGAGCCACGUUGUAGCAAACCUCCUGUGUGUUUCCCCAUUUACUCCUAUCUUUUGUCAAUCUCAAACUUUGUUCAGUGCUUAGACACCCCAGGGAACCCCUCCUGCGCAGAGCAGGCCUGUGAGGCUUCCUGUCCUGUGCCCAGCUCAACACAUCCACACCAGGUAGCAACAGCGCGUCAGGCUAGCUGACGUGUUUAUUGGUAUUACAGACAUGAUUUUUGUUUUCUGUUCUAUCUAUUUAUGCUUAGUCCAAUAUUUUGCAUAUAGCAGGUGCCCAAAUAAAUUCCUGUUGGAUAAAUUAAGAAUUGGCUGUCAUAAAAAUAAAGUUAAUUUAAAACA